GGUUACAUGAAAAAAGAAACAUCCAAGCUUUAUGGCAAAUCAACAAGGUCUUCAUCCACAGUUGCAGCAUUAAAGGUAAUAAACCUGUGUGUAACAUCCUCGAGAAAAAGAUUGCAGGACUGUAGCAUAUAUGAUUAAACCAGUUUGCGCAGGACCAGAAAAAUGGAAAGAAAAUCUGUGUUUGAAGAGAAAGCCAAGGUAAAGAACCUUGAUGGAAAAAGGCCUUCAACAUCUUCUUCAGGUUCUAAUUUUAUUUCUUCUGCAAAAGGAAAUCCAAAUUGCUGUCAUAAAGCCACAGAGUUCCUCUGCAGCGCGUGUUUGCUAUGCAUUUUCUGCCCACUAACCAUCGUCUGGCGUUGCAUAAAGCUUCCAUGUAAGAUUGGAUGGUGUGCUGCAAAGCAUGCAAAGAACCAGGUUUGCUGUGUAUCUGAGAAGAAGAUUUAUGCUGCCUAUUCUUCAUUUUCUGAUGAAGACUCCGAUUUUCUGCCUGGUGAGGUACAAGAAAGCUGUAAAAUUAGGAUGACACACAAGGCCGACAGUUGCAAGGAGAAAAAAUUGCAGUAAGCUGGAGUCUAACUUGAAAUCUCGGAUUUUAUUUUCUUCAUUUGGAAGCUACUUAGUUUCAGUUAUAUGUACUUUUACUUUCUAGCUAGGCAUGUUGAACUAGUUGUUUUGAUUUUGAUUAUGGAAUAAAAUAGUUUUAUAA